AUGACCGAAAUGAGCGAGAAGGAGAACGAACCCGAGGACGCUGCCACUCUCCCCUCCCCUGGGACUGUUUCCACCCUCCAGGAAACCAAGCUUCAACGUUUCAAGCGUUCCCUAUCCCUCAAGACCAUCCUUCGAAGCAAGAGUGUGGAAAAUUUUUUUCUUCGCUCAGGCACUGAGCUCAAGUGCCCAACGGAAGUGCUGCUGACCCCCCCAACCCCAUUGCCACCUCCCUCACCCCCACCUGUAUCCACUGAUCCAGGCCUUCCCAACUCUGCCCGAUCCCCUUGUCCAGUCCAGCGUCCUUUGGCACCUCUCAAGCCCCUGAGGACCCACAGCUUCCAAGAGCAUGUCUUCAAACGUGCCAGCCCCUGUGAACUCUGCCACCAGGUUAUUGUGGGCAACUCCAAGCAGGGCUUACGAUGUAAGACGUGCAAAGCCAGCGUCCACCUCUGGUGCUCUGAGGAAAUCUCCCACCAGCAGUGCCCAGGGAAAACGUCCACCUCUUUCCGUAGGAACUUCAGCUCCCCUCUCCUGGUGCAUGAGCCACCCCCAGCCUGUACUCGAGAGUCUCCCCCAGCUGGUGCCAGUGGGAAAGUGGAUCCUAUUUAUGAGACCCUCCGCUAUGGUACCUCCUUGGCAUUAAUGAACCGCUCGAGUUUCAGCAGCACUUCAGAGUCUCCCACCCGAAGCCUGAGUGAGCGGGAUGAAUUGGCAGAGGAUGGGGAGGGUAGCAUCCGUAGCUCAGAGGAGGGUGCCAGUGAUAGUGUCUUUACAUCACCAACUGAGAAUGAAGUGACAGGACCUGAGGAGAAAAGUCCUGGACAGCAGCAGGCUUCCAAGGGCACCAUUCGGAAGGACGUGGGCCCCAUGUAUUCCUAUGUCGCCCUCUACAAGUUUUUGCCCCAAGAACAUAAUGACCUGGCUCUGCAGCCCGGAGAUCGGAUCAUGCUUGUGGAUGAUUCUAACGAGGACUGGUGGAAGGGCAAGAUCGGCGACCGAGUCGGCUUCUUCCCAGCCAAUUUUGUGCAGCGGGUGAGGCCAGGAGAGAGUGUAUGGCGGUGCUGCCAGCCAUUUUCUGGGAAUAAGGAACAGGGCUACAUGAGCCUCAAGGAGAGCCAGAUCUGUGUAGGUGUGGGCAGAAGCAAGGAUGCUGAUGGCUUCAUCCGAGUUAGUAGUGGCAAGAAGAGAGGCCUGGUACCUGCCGAUGCUCUGACUGAGAUCUGA